CCCCCGCCAAUAUACCUAUAUAACGCCCAUGUGUGCAUGACCACUCCAAGCAGUUUUAUUUGGUGAUACGCUCGUGAGCAUAUACCUCGCCUCAAUAGAAGUCACACAAUCAUGAAUACCGUCGGUUUGAUAGUGAAUUUCCUUGUUGCGACGUGGGCCAAUCUCAUCGCAGGAACACCUUCCCUCCUAGUCAAUAUUACAAAUGGAACGCUCGAAGGUACAACCGUUCAAACAAGAAAGGGGCGACAAAUCGCUGCCUUCAAGAAUAUUCCUUACGCUCUUCCACCCGUCGGUCAUCUCAGAUUUCAGCCUCCACAGCCUGCCGAAGCAUGGAGUGGAGUUCGAUCUGCCACUGAGGAUGUUCCCAUCUGUUUCCAAGCCAAAAACGAAAUAUUCAGCAUCGAUCCUGAUAAUCGGAUGACCGAAGAUUGUCUCUACCUCAACGUUUACACGGUUGAGACCCGUUAUCAUGCCAGCAAAUCAUCAAAAAAAUAUCCAGUAAUGGUUUGGAUUCAUGGUGGUGGAUUCUACUCUGGUACGAGCCACUCUAGUCUCUACAGUCCCAAAUUCCUUCUCGAUCAUGAUAUCGUCCUUGUUACAAUGAAUUACAGGAUUGAGGCUUUUGGUUUUCUCAGUACCGCGGACAGCGCAGCGUACGGUAAUCAAGGCUUGAAGGAUCAAGUGCAGUCGUUGAGAUGGGUGCAAGAGAAUAUCGCGGCUUUCGGAGGUGACCCAGAUAACGUAACAAUUUUCGGUGAAAGUGCUGGUGCAGUUAGCGUGCAUCAUCUCAUUAUGAGUCCGCUCACGCGAGGAUUGUUCCACCGAGCUAUUUCUCAGAGUGGCACUAGCCUCAAUCCUUGGACAAUAAAUACACAAAAAACUGCCAAGGAACGAGCUUUCAAGCUCGGUGCUACUCUCAAUUGUCCAACAAGCGAUUCUGAGGAAAUGAUCAAUUGUCUUCGGACCAAACCCGCUGAGGAGAUUAUUGAGAUUUCUCAAAGCUGGCUUUUAGUAGAGUCUAUUCUAUUACCCCACUUCAAACCUGUAAUCGAACCGGAGCACCCAGGAGCUUUUUUCAUUGAAGAACCUCUCGACACUUUGAGGAAUGGACGUAUGGCUGAUGUGCCUUGGUUGAAUGGUGUCAAUGCGAAUGAAGGCUCACUGGCAGUAGCUCCCCUCUUUGGACUUCAGGGAUCCCAGGGUGUACAAUUUAUCGAUCAACAAUUUUCUGCCAUUAUUCCAUACAUUCUGAUUUUCGACGAGAGCUGUUCACCGGAACAGCAGCAGGAUGUAGCGGCUAAGCUACGGCGCUUCUACUUCGGUGAUCAGCGGAUCGACGAACUCACGAGGUUUAAUUUGAUCGAUCUGAAUUCCGAUGCUUAUUUUAUGUAUGGGCACGCCGUAUCCGUUAAAGAGAGUCUGAAACACUUGAAAAGUCCAAUCUAUUACUAUUAUUUCCAAUACAAAAGCAGCUGGUCUUGGUCUAAACUCCUUGGCGAUGCCACCAGAGACUAUGGAGUUUGUCACGCUGAUGAUCUUCAAUACCUCUUUCCGAUUCGCGAUGUCAAAGCUCCGAGUCCAUAUUCCGAUGAAGAUUAUCAAAUGGUGGAUAUUAUGACAUCAUUGUGGUAUAAUUUUGCAAGCAGUGGGACUCCAACACCCGUUGAUGAAAAAUAUCCAGCUCAUUGGGAACCUGUUCAUUCAAAUGCCUUCGAGCAAUUACUUAUUGAGGGCCCUUCGAGCAUGAGAAUGGUACAAAAUCUACAUCAAGGCACUUUCCAUUUCUGGGAAAGUUUGCCUUGUCCCGUGGGACUUGCUCCCCGAAACAAUCACUUACAUGUCAUAAGCCACUUGGUCUCAAUAAUGGACGCAUCAAUGAUCGUUGUAAAAAUAUUCACAUGGAUUUUAUUUUCCUCCCAUACAAUUUUCGCCUCUCAUACCGUAAACCUUAAAAAUGGAACUAUCAUGGGUAUGACAAUGAAAUCAAGUAGUGGAAGGGAAUUCGCAGCAUUUAGAGGAGUUCCUUAUGCUCUUCCUCCGAUCGGUCCGUGGCGAUUUGAGCCACCACAGCCUUCUCCCGCGUGGUCCAAAAUUCGCUAUACAAAAUUUGAUGGAAAAAAAUGCAUCCAUCAGAACGUUUACUUCCAAAAGAAUUAUAUCAUAGGAGACGAAGAUUGUCUCUAUUUGAACAUCUAUACACCUAAAAUGGAGUAUGAAAGUGAAGGGCCAAAUAAAAAAUAUCCAGUGAUGGUCUGGUUUCAUGGAGGUUCAUGGUCUACUGGCUCGGGCCACUCUCUCCAUUAUGGUCCUCAAUUUCUUCUCAAUAAUGAUUUAGUUUUAAUUACAGUUAAUUAUAGACUUGGGCCUUUCGGUUUCUUGAGCACGGGAGAUACGGUAAUUCCGGGUAAUAUGGGAUUGAAGGACCAAGUCCAUUCAUUGAGAUGGGUGCAGGAAAAUAUUGAGGUGUUCGGAGGUGAUCCGAAGAGUGUUACAAUAUUUGGAAAUGGUGUGGGAGCUGCUAGUGUUCAUUAUUUAAUGCUCAGUCCCCUAGCCAAAGGUCUUUUCCAUCGGGCCAUUUCUCAAAGCGGAACGGUAAGAAAUCCCUGGGCAUUUAACACCUAUAAAAUGGCCAUGAAAUCCACCAGAAGGCUGGCCAGAGAUCUUCAUUGUCCCAUUGGAAACACGGAAAAAAUGUUAAAAUGCUUGAGAAAAAUAGACGCUAAGAAGAUGGCCGCUGUUGAAUUGGAAUGGCCGAUUUUCGAUCUCGAUCCCAUUAUGCCAUUCAGACCAGUGGCAGAACCGACUCAUUCAGGUGCUUUUCUAACGGUAGAGCCCUCGGAAAUGGAGCAUAUGAAAAGUGGAUCUGAUGUACCAUGGAUGGUCGGAACCAAUUCGGAUGAAGGAAUUUUUAGAGUUGCAUCUAUAUACGGGCACAGGAACUCAGGACUUGUGGAAGAACUGAACGCGAAAUUCAAUGAGUAUGCGCCAAUAACUCUGGGAUUUGCUGACAAUUGUCCGAAACCUCUAUACAAGAAAAUGGCGAAGCUACUCCGCAACUUUUAUUUAGGUGAUGAGAAUAAGAAGAUCGAUCAUAAUACAAAACUUGAUGUAACAGCAAUGUACUCGGAUGCAUUAUUCAACGUCGCCAACCAUAAAGCACUACAUGAACAUGCUCUCUUGACUACUGCCCCAAUAUAUCACUAUCAUUUGACCCAUCAAAGUGAAAUUUCCUACACAAAAUUCUAUGGAGAUUAUACUUCUGUUUACGGAGUGGCUCAUCAUGACGAGAUCCAGUACCUUUUUCCAGUUCACGAGCAUUUAUUUCCAUUAGCUCGCUUUACAGAUGACGAAUCAAAAAUGAUGGAAAUGAUAACGACCUUGUGGUUCAAUUUCGCACAGACAGGAAAUCCGAUGAAACCUGAUAAAUCACCCCUGAUGGGUAUCAAAUGGGAACCAGUCUCCAGUGAGCACUUGGAAUAUUUAUUGAUUGCCGGGCCGAAAAAUUUAUCCAUGUCCGAAGAUCUUUUUAGCUAUCGGAUCAAAUUCUGGGAGGGAUUACCGUGUCCUGCUGGCAUUGCUCCGUCACGACGUUUUGUUUCAGUUCAGGAUGAAUUGUAAAAUCCGAUAAAUCGCAAAAAAUUUCCUUUGUUGUAUUCAAUUAAAAAAAAAAAUGGUGAAUUAUUAAAUACGGAUCGGAAACAAAUCAUCAGACCAUUUGAGAGUUAUAACGAAAUAUGAGUCAUUAAACUGUUACU